GGAGACGAUAUCUUGGACCGCAGCUCAGAGUUGAUCUACACGGGGGAGAUGUCCUGGAUUUACCAGCCUUAUGGACGGAACCAGCAGCGUGUUUUCUUUCUCUUUGAUCACCAGAUGGUUCUCUGCAAGAAGGAUCUGAUACGGAGGGAUAUUCUGUAUUACAAAGGUCGCAUAGACAUGGAUAAAUACGAAGUGGUAGAUAUAGACGACGGGCGAGAUGAUGACUUCAAUGUCAGCAUGAAGAACGCCUUCAAACUUCAUAACAAGGAGACUGAGGAAAUGCACUUGUUCUUUGCCAAGAAACUGGAGGAGAAGUUACGAUGGCUUAGAGCUUUCCGAGAAGAAAGGAAGAUGGUAAAAGAAGAUGAAAAGAUAGGCUUUGAAAUUUCUGAAAAUCAAAAGCGGCAAGCGGCAAUGACAGUAAAGAAAGUCAGUAAGCAAAAAGGUGUGAGCUACUCCAAGUCGGUUCCUCCAGCCUACCCACCACCCCAGGAUCCAUUAAAUCAGGGACAAUACAUGGUGACAGAUGGCAUAUCCCAGUCCCAGGUCUUCGAGUUCACCGAACCCAGACGCAGCCAGGCACCAUUCUGGCAAAACUUCAGCAGGUUAACACCAUUCAAAAAAUAAUACCUAGAGAGAUGGAGAAUUUUAACUUAAAAGAACUAAAAUUUAAAAAAUAAAAAUAAAUAAAAUUAUA